CAGUUACAACUCUUUUACUUCCUAAAACAACACAACAUAGCAACUUCAGCCUCAAAUUUUAUCAGACAAUUGGAGUUUUGUUUCCAUUUUCUUUCAACAAUGGAAUACCAGGAUGUUUAUGAUGUGAAAUUGAAGCCUAGAAUACUAGAGUACCUGAUGAAUGACCAAAUUCCUAAUGAAAAUGACCAUUCACCUCAACAAUGUGAUUUGCAAAGAGUUGUGAAUGCCAUCAACAAUCUUGGGUUGCUGUCUGAAUCACUGCCUGAAGGAACUAAAAACUCUAAGAUCUGUGAGGAUUGGGCCAUUGCUGUCGAUUCUUGGGUUCAUCGAGUGCUGUCACUUGUCUCUAGUCCCAGGUCACGAAAAUGUUGGACGGGCAUAUGUUUACUAGGAGUAACCUGUCGAGAAUGCAGCUCCAAUCGGUUACUAGCAUGGUAUCCGGUCUGGUUCGACAAGCUCCUAGCAAAUAUCCAGCCAGCAUCAGAUUAUAUUUCGGUGAAGGUGGCCACUUUCGCUUCGUUAUUGGAUCUGUUAAAGAGAUUGGGUAAAUAUUCAGAAAUCAAGAAAGAUGUAACAGUGCAAGCUGGGAAGCUCAUUCAACCAGUUUUGGACCUUCUAUUAGAUAGUGAAUUCUCAGAGGUUCUAAUGGAAGGAGCACUUGCAGUGCUAUGCACCAUAAUUGAUUCCUUUCCAGCAUCAUUUCUUCCUCAUUAUGAAAAGGCUGAAGCUAUCAUUGUUUCAAAAAUUAUUGCAGGCCAAUGCAGUCCUAGCAUGAUGAAGGUGAAUGCAGUUUUAUUUCUGUAUAUCAUAUCUGCAUGCAUGAUUUCAUAUGAAUCAAAAUUCUAUAUUUGGUUGAUUUUUGAUGUACAGAGCUAUGCUUAUUUCUUGGCAUCGCUUCCGAAGUCGAGAGGUGACAAGGAUAGCUGGGUUGUUAUGAUGCAAGAUUUACUAACAUCAAUUGACAUUCACCUCAAUGAUGUCUUUCAAUGCCUGGAACAAGCAUCAGAAAGAGCAGCAAAUCCAGAAGCAAUAAAGUCCAAGCAAUUGUUCACAUGCAUAAUCCCAACACUAAUGCUUUGCUGCAGCACAAUGCUGACAAAUUCUUAUCCGGUUCAGGUGACUGUUCCAGUUCAACAAUUAUUAACUAAUGUAAAAAGAAUGCUAAUGGUGAAUGACUCAUUUUCUCAAGCUUCAUUGAAGUCCAUGGCAAUCAUGCAAGAAGGAUUUGUUUGCACUGAGCUUCCUGUUUUGCAGUCAUAUGCUUUAGAUCUCCUAUCUGCAAUCAUAAAAGGAACAUCCAGCCAACUAUUGCCACAUGCUGGAUAUAUCAUCAGGCUCCUUAAGGAUUGCUUUCACAAAUGUGCACUGCCUAUGCUAAGAACAAAACUUUACUUCAUCAUAAGGACUUUGCUUUUAUCUAUGGGUAUUGGUGCAGCCUUACAAAUAGCAGAAGAACUCACCAGCUAUGCAUUUAUUGAUUUGGAUGCCUACUGGUACCUAAAUAGGCAGAAAGUAUCCAAUCAAGACUUCAAAUCUACCAUAUUUGAAGCACCAUUAUUGCAGCCUGCUGACAAGAAAAGGAAACAUACCGCAACUGGUUCCUUGCAGGAGAAUGAAGACAUGGACUAUUUGGGACUGCAACUGUCAAAAAAACACUUAAUUUCUCCUAUAUCAUUGAAGAUUGCAGCAUUAAAGGCAUUACAGACUCUCCUCACCAUGGGUAGUGUUUUAAGACCCGAUUUACGAUCGAGUGUCAAUGACCUGCUGAUGAAUGUUGCAGUCAAUGCUUAUGAUGGGAAAUGGAGAAAUGAUGAGGAGAAUGAAGUAAUGUCAACCUAUACAGAUUUCUUGCUUGCAGCAUUGCAUGCUGUUUUGGCAUCUCUACUUUCCCAACCGUCUGUUAAUCAUCUGGUUAAGGGGCUUGAACUUUUCCGUAAAGGUAAACAAGAAGCAGGAACCAAGAUUGCUGAUUUUUGUGGUAUUGCACUUUUAGCCACAGAAAUGCUCAUGAAUCCCAUUAAAGUUUCAAUUUGUGACAUUCCAUCCACUAGCCAUGGCAGUGUCAACGAAGAAGCUCAGCAUGAAAUGUUACAGGAUUUAUACUUGGUUCCCAAUGAAAACCAGAUGACUCCCAAGUCAUUUUCAUCAGGGAUGACCAACCAAAAUCAAGAUGAUACUCUAUUUAAUUAUCUGCUUGAUAGUUACAACGAAAGUCAAGCUACUGAAGAACAACAAUCCAAGAUAGAUAGCCACAAAGCUGUUGGUGAUUAUCAGGUUGAUCAUAUGCUUAAAUUCCAUGGAAAUGAAGAUCAGCAACAAGAACCAUUCCUCGUCGAGAUCGAAAGAAUCUCAAAUGAAAUCAUGCAUGACAAGCCAUUCCAGGGUCCAUUGUCAGUAGCAGAAGCCAAGCCUUUUAUAGGUAUUGAAAAGAGUCCUGAGAUGGAAUUUAGCCAUGUUGGUUUAGAUACCAUUGGUUGUGAUUUCUUGGAGAUAGCUGCAACACCAGUGUUGGAAAAAGCUGAAAGGUCUUGUUCUGGUCAGUUGAGGGAUCACUAA